AUGAGUAGUUCAACAAAAGAACCAUUAAGAAUACUAAACAACAGAACAAGAAUCACAAAUACAGAGGAUGUGGUGAAAGGAAUACCACAUAAGAAAAGCAAAAAGAACAAAAAUUCCAACCAAAGUUCACAUGAUUUAUCUAUAUUAGAUUAUUAUUUUAAAAAUAACAAGUACCCACCAGAAGGGCAUUGCAUAAUAAAUUCAAUAGUAGAUAAAUCAGCAAAUAAAUUAAAUAACGGAAUAGUAAUCCAAGACUGGAAAGAGUAUACCCGUAGAAAAGAAGCUGCAUUGCCAUUCAAGUAUAAAAUAAUCAAUGCACGUCUAUACAGAAAUGCACAAAAUGAGGAUGAAUUCUUGCCUGCUGAGGUAGCAUUUCCUAUGAUUACACCCGAGAUUAGGCCACACAUUCAUAUAUGGAAAAGAAAAGCCUGGGUUGCUAUUCAGAUAGGCAAUCUAAACCACAAUCUUAUGGAUCUGAUUGAAUCAAUAUUACCAAAAAGAUCAAAGGGCGUAUUAGGAGAAAUUAAAAAUGUAGAUACUUUGCUUGGUGCUGUUUGCCGAAUGAUUGAGGAUAUGUAUCCCCAUAACGACGAGGUAGCGCCAUACCAAGGGGAUUUCUUAUACAUUAGAGAUUACUACAAUGCGGUUAGAUGGCGCAUUGUAAGACAGAGGCCAUAUCGCAUUUCAGAUAGAGAAAUUAAGAAAUGGAUAUACAGAGAUUUCAUAGAUGGACUGUGUCAUGAAACACAUUUACGAUAUUCAGAUAUAGUACAUGAAAAAUCAACAUCUGCAUAUGUGUGCGCGCUAGAAUGCAGAGAAAAUGUGAUUAUUCAAGAAAUGAACGACUAUUACCAGAAUCCAUUAACCCAUCCAGAUGCCCAGGUGAUUUUGGAUAUAUAUGACACAAUAGAUAUUUCGAAUAGUCCAGAUUAUUACAAUGAGAGACGAGGCACUCUAUAUUCUGAGAUGAUGCAGAAUGAGAAAAAACGCGGUUCAAAAUCGAUGGACUCGUUAGACAAAAAAAAAGAAAAAGUGCCGCAAGACACACCAAUUAAUAGAAAUUGUCCUAACUGCAGGCCGCCUACGGUUGUACAUAAAAUUUAUAUGAUACUUGGCGGAGAAGAUGUUAGAUUUGAAUUAAGUCCAAUUUCAGAUUUUAAUACACUACCAAUAGAACUAGUGAAAUACUUAGAACUUCCUGUUUAUGAGGAAAAGAAAAGUAAAUAUAAUGAUAAUGAAGAAAGUGAUUCAGACACACCUUUAUUGAUAGUAAAAGCAAAGGUGUGGGUAUUCGAGCUACAACAAAUGCAAAAAAUUAAAUUCUAUGUGAAACCAGGUGAUCCAAUGCUAGGUGGCCUAUGGAUGGAAGAGAAUAAUGUUAAAUUACCAAUGUAA